AUGUUGUGGGGAACAAGGCAGGAAAUUUCUUAGAUGAUUACUGAUAUAAUUAAUCAAUUAACGCGUCUAUGAGAUAUGCUCCAAAUAAUACAGGUCAAGAAGAAUAUUCUGAGCCAGAAAAACACUUCUCGUUUUUAGCUGUUUCGAAAUGGCAGGAAAGGUCACUGCUUCCCAUUAGAAUAGUAGCCUGGUGAAGGCAAUACUGGUGGUAGGUUUCUCUUGUUUUUGAACGCUUUGAAACAGCUAUAUUUAUCCUCCGUUCUCCAUUUGCCUUCUCCGUCAUCUGCACUUUCUGUGAAUUAAAGAUAUCAGAAAUCGCAUACAGAAAUGGGCAACCUGUUAGGCUGUGUAAAAGUGGACCAAUCCACGGUUGUUAUCAAGGAGAGAUUUGGAAAGUUUAAUGAAGUUCUUGAACCUGGAUGCCACUGCAUGCCAUGGUUCCUUGGAAGUCAGGUUGCUGGCCAUCUCACACUUCGAUUGCAGCAGUUGGAUGUUCGUUGCGAGACAAAGACAAAGGAUAAUGUGUUUGUCAAUGUUGUUGCAUCGGUGCAAUACCGUGCCCUUGCUCAUAAAGCAAGUGAUGCUUUCUACAAACUUACCAACACUCGAUCUCAAAUCCAAGCCUAUGUUUUUGAUGUGAUCAGGGCAAGUGUUCCAAAACUACUCUUGGAUGAUGUUUUCGAGCAAAAGAACGAAAUAGCAAGAGCUGUUGAAGAGGAGCUUGAAAAGGCCAUGUCUGCAUAUGGUUAUGAAAUCGUCCAGACACUCAUUGUUGAUAUAGAACCUGAUGAACAUGUGAAACGGGCCAUGAAUGAGAUUAAUGCUGCUGCAAGGAUGAGGUUAGCUGCUAAUGAGAAAGCCGAAGCUGAGAAAAUCAUCCAGAUUAAGCGAGCUGAGGGUGAGGCUGAGUCCAAGUACCUAGCUGGAUUAGGUAUUGCCCGGCAGCGCCAGGCAAUUGUGGAUGGUCUGAGAGACAGCGUGCUUGGCUUCUCUGAUAAUGUGCCAGGAACUUCAGCUAAGGAUGUUUUGGACAUGGUGCUUAUCACACAGUACUUUGACACCAUGAAGGAGAUUGGUGCGUCCAGUAAAUCCUCAGCAGUUUUCAUCCCUCACGGCCCUGGUUCUGUUAGGGACAUUGCUACCCAGAUCAGAGAUGGGCUGCUUCAGGCAUCUGCUCCUCAGUAACUACCUAUACGUUAUGGAGCAAAUUCCCUAUGCUGUUUUGUGUGUUUCUUCAUUUAAACUUUAAUCAAAUGGUAUACGAUUGUGUAACUGAAGUAGAUACAUACGAGAGCUGCUCUCUUGUAUAUUCUGUGGUUCUUAAUAUAUUUGUGAAUUGCGUGCAA